GUCAAAAGUAACUCCUAAUUCUUCUUGUUUUCCUUUAUGGCUGAUUUAGUCUCUGGUGACAUAGAAGUGCAACACUCUGUCGAUCCAAGCAGAAAGCGUGGUGGCUGGAUCACUUUUCCCUUCAUCAUCGUUACGUUGUUGGGAUUGUCCAUAACUUCUUUCGGAGUAAUACUUAACUUGAUCGUUUUCUUGAUCGAGGAAUUCAACAUCAAGAGCAUCGCUGCUGCUCAGAUUUCAAAUAUUUUCAAUGGAUGUCUUGCCAUGUUGCCUGUUGUUGCAGCCAUUCUAGCCGAUUCUUUUUUUGGAGACAUUCCUGUCAUCUUGGCUUCUACUUUCAUUUCUCUACUCGGCAUCUUUCUUUUGACUCUUAUCGCAACUUUGGACUACUUGAGACCUCGACCGUGUGAAACAGGCUCAAUCCUAUGCCAAUCACCAUCACAAUUCCAGCUUGGGAUCUUGUAUGCAGUCCUAGCUCUAGUGACUACUGGAACAGCUGGGACACGAGUGACUUUGGCAUCUGGUGGUGCAAACCAAUAUGAGAAACCUAAAGAUCAAGGAACCUUUUUCAACUGUUAUUUCCUCACGGUAAAUACAGGCGCGAUCAUUAGCGCAACAGCAAUUGUGUAUACGCAGGACAAUGCUAGCUGGAAACUUGGAUUCGGUCUCUGCGUCGCUGCUAAUUUGAUCAGUUUUAUCGUUUUCAUGUCCGGGAAGAGACUCUACAAGCAUAACAAACCUAUGGGAAGUCCCUUCACAAGGCUAGUCCGCGUUUUAGUUGCUGCUACAAUGAAAAGAAAGGCUGUGAUUUCAUCCAGAGACGAAGACUACUAUCACCAUGGGCUUGGAGAAAAGGACAAAACUAUUCUUGUAGUGGCAUCCAAGAGCUUCAGGUUCUUUAACCGUGCAGCAUUGAAGACCCAAGGGGAGAGUGGUGACACAAUUAAAAACAAAUGGAGACUAUGCUCUGUUCAGGAAGUAGAAGAUUUCAAAGCCGUUCUUCGACUUCUUCCUCUGUGGCUAUCCAUCAUCUUUGUUAGUAUUCCCGUUGCGGUGCAAUCAAGCUUAAUGGUACUCCAAGCUUUAGUUACGGACCGUUUGCUCAGCCCUCACUUCAAAGUUUCGGCCGGAUCUAUCCAAGUUAUAGCAAUCAUCUUCUCAUGCAUCUUUAUCAUAAUGAACAACUGGCUUGUUUAUCCCAUGUACCAUAAGCUAACCAACAAGGUGAUGACUCCACUUCAAAAAAUUGGUAUGGGCCAUGUCUUCACCAUUCUAAGCAUGGCCAUCUCCGCGGUUGUGGAAGCAAAAAGGCUGAAAACAGUUGAAAAUGAGCAUCUCAUGUCAGUGUUAUGGUUGUUUCCUCCUCUCGUGAUACUAGGAAUAAGCGAAGCCUUUCAGUUACCUGCAAAUACUGAAUUAUUCUAUGGAGAAUUCCCAGAGUCAUUAAGGAAUACGGCCACUUCAUUGACCUCACUAGUUAUUGGAAUUACAUUUUAUUUGAGCACAGCUCUGAUCGAUCUGAUCCGAAGGACCACUGCGUGGUUACCAGAUGAUAUUAACCACGGAAGAGUUGAUAAUGUUUACUGGGUUUUAGUCAUAGGAGGAGUCUUGAAUUUUAGCUAUUUUCUUGUCUGCUCGUGGUUUUACAGUUACAGAAUCAUUAAGGAUGAUGAUCAAGAACAAGAUCCUAAAGAUGUUAUAAUAUAAGGCCCAACAUGUUUUUUUUUAACUUGACUUGUGUCCAUUGUAUUUGCAAAUAUUUGCCCAUGUUUGUUUUAUAAUUUUUUUUUUGUCAACGUCCGGACUUUUUGUUAAUCCAUAACUUUAGCCCAAAAGGCUUACAAAUAAGUUCAA